AUGAAGUCAUCACCAAUUGAUACAGAACUACGUCUGCUUCCAUUACACACCUUAUUCGAUUCAAAUAUAUAUUUAGACAAUACGACAACCGAGAAUGAUGAGAAUCAAAUUUCAAAUAAAGUUCAAAUACUAUCACCAUCAUCAGUCAUGGUAACAACAUAUUCGAAUCCACCUGUCAAUCAAACAAGUAGAAUUGCUGAUCAUGAUCGUUCUUAUACUACUAGAAAAACACGAUUUCUUGAUUCAAUUACUCAAUCAUUGUGUAAUUAUCAAGUGACACAGUAUAAUCUUGCAUGGAAUGAAUAUAUUAAGAAAAGUCUAAAUUUUCUGGAAUAUGGUCAAUUUCAAACAAUAAAAACACGUAGACAUCAACGACGGCCAUCAUCAUCAUCAUCAGUAUUAACAACAACAACAACAGCAGCAGCAGCAACAAAAGUGGCAACAUCAAAAGUAGCAACAGAAACAGCAACAUCCUCUAUUCGAAUUUCAUUCGAACAAAAAUUCAGUCAUUAA